GGGAAAACAAUCGACUACAACUAGUUGCCAACAGCUGAUGCGCUCCACCACGAGCCGGCAGUUAAAUUUUUUGUUAAAAUGCUGAAAUAUGAAUUUCUGCACGGCUUGCAGAAGCGCAGUCAUUACCUCCGACAGCUCUCCGGCCAAUUCUUCAGUCGAUCCUACAGCAGCAAAAUCAGAAACAUUGGUAUUCUGGCGCACAUCGAUGCGGGCAAAACAACGACGACAGAACGGAUGCUGUUCUAUGCCGGCAAGACCAGGACACUGGGUGAAGUGCAUCGGGGCAACACAGUUACGGAUUACCUAACCCAAGAGCGGGAAAGAGGCAUAACGAUCUGCAGUUCAGCGGUUACCUUUGCAUGGAACGGACACCGUAUCAAUUUGUUGGACACACCGGGUCACAUUGACUUUACCAUGGAGGUGGAACAGUCCCUAUACGCCGUCGACGGUGUGGUCGUAGUACUUGACGGAACUGCCGGUGUAGAAGCACAGACGGUUACCGUGUGGACCCAGGCGGACAAGCACAAGCUCCCAAGGCUAAUAUUUGUCAAUAAGAUGGAUCGCCCCGAUGCGGAUUUUGAAAAGUGCAUUGCUGAUCUCAAAGAGAAGCUGGAAGCCCACCCAGUUUGCUUACAAUACCCAGUUAAAAAUGAGGAUGGAGUAUUAGCCAUAAAUGAUGUGAUAACAUUGGAGCGAUUAACAUGGCAGCAAAAGGAUUUGGGACAGAAGUACAUCCGUAUGAAGUUGGAGCCCUCCGAUGAGCUACGGGAUUUGCAGGAAAAGCGGAAUGAACUAAUUGAUCGGUUGUCGGGAGUGGACGACGAGCUCGCCGAUGUGGUUAUCAGCACAGAAAGCUUCGAUAAAGUUGACAACCACCUCAUAGAAAGGGCCCUGAGAAGGGCCACCGGCCAGCUGAAAGUAGUGCCGGUGCUUCUGGGAUCCGCCUACAAGAAUGUCGGAAUUCAGCGUUUAAUGGAUGCCGUGAAUUCUUACUUACCGGCGCCUGAAGAACGUAACCAAAUCUACGACUGCUUCGGCUCUGAGGUGGCUGGAAAGGUCUUUAAGAUUGUCCAUGACAAGCAGCGAGGAGCUUUGACGCUGGUUCGGAUCCUACGGGGAGAGAUAAAGAAGGGCAUGCGUCUAAUAUCGGCACGUGGCCAGGCAGAGGUGGUGUCCAAGCUGUACGAGCCAUUGGCCGAUGAGUACCGGGAGGUUAAUGCAGUGCAGUCGGGUGAUGUGGUGAUCUGUGCAGGUCUCAAGUCUACAGUCACAGGCGAUCUACUCACUUCUAGUCAGUCAACUCUUAAAAAUGCCCAGAAACGUUUAAAACAAAGUUUGGGAACAACAGAAUCUGUUAUUCCGGAAUUAGAUGACGAGUCGGAGGAGUCAGAGGAUAUGUUCGGACUAGAUCCACAGAUUCCAGACGCUGUAUACUUCUGCUCGAUCGAACCUCCCAGCAUAUCUUCGCAAACGGCCAUGGAACAGGCUCUACGUCAGCUCCAGCGUGAGGAUCCAAGUCUCCGUGUUAGUUACGAUUCCGUAACUGGUCAGACAGUGCUCGGUGGGAUGGGAGAGCUCCACAUGGACAUCAUCAAGUCGCGCAUUCUAAGCGAGUACAAAAUUGAUGUGGAUCUGGGACCUCUCCAGAUCGCCUACAAAGAAACCAUCGAAUCUCCCGCACUCACCACGCUAAGUGUAGAAAAGGAAAUCGCAGGAGCCAAGCAGAAUGUUAGCAUUACCUUGGAACUGGUCAAGGACAAAAGCGAAAUCUUUAGCUUAGAUAAAUCGCCGGAAAAUAUGCCCAAUCUUAACACGCUGAGACCUCGAAUUCUCCAGGUUCUGAAGAAGGGUGCCAUUGGAGCUCUUGAGCGAGGUCCUCGGGUGGGGGGCCAGGUUGUGGACACACAGAUUCGACUUCACAAUGCCACUAUUGGACGGGGCACGGCCGAUUCGUUCGUAAUGGCUACCGCAGCACAAUGCGUCCAGAAAGUACUAAGCACCAGCGGGACUCGGCUGUUGGAGCCCAUCAUGUCCUUGCAGAUUGUAGCUCCUAGUGAACGGAUAUCCGGCAUUAUGGCUGAUUUAUCCCGCCGCAGAGCCCAGAUCAACGAUGUCCUACCAAAGGGUGAACGAAACAAGAUGAUAUUGGUGAAUGCUCCGUUGGCUGAACUCUCAGGAUACUCGAGUGCCUUAAGGACCAUCAGCUCGGGCACAGCCAGUAUGACAAUGCAGCCUUGUGGGUUCUCCGCCAUGAACUCUGUCGAUGAAUCCCAGGCUGAGAGACGAGCGCAAGGCCUGGAGUGA